GUCUCCCACACAGCUUCAAAUUAAGCCUCCAACAUUUAUUAAGAAAGAAAAAAAAAUGAGAUCUCUUAGUACUCUCAUAGCUCUGUUGUGUGUAGUGGUUGUGUUUGGAGGACUAAGCUUGUCCUCAAAUGCACAGCUUGAUCCCUCGUUUUACAGGAACACUUGUCCUAAGGUUCAUUCAAUUGUACGAGAAGUUGUGAGGGAAGUUUCUAAGAAAGAUCCUCGAAUGCUUGCCAGUCUCGUCAGACUUCAUUUCCAUGACUGUUUUGUUCAAGGGUGUGAUGCAUCAAUUUUGCUGAACAACACCAAUACAAUCUUGAGCGAACAACAAGCUUUUCCAAACAACAACUCCAUAAGGGGUUUGGAUGUUAUCAACCAGAUCAAGACAUCAGUUGAAAGCGCUUGUCCUAACACCGUUUCUUGUGCUGAUAUUCUUGCCCUUGCUUCUGAAAUUUCUUCCCGUCUGGCUAAAGGUCCUGAUUGGAAAGUUCCCUUGGGAAGAAGGGAUGGUCGAACAGCAAACCGUACUGCUGCUAAUGAAAACCUUCCAGGUCCUUCCUUCUCUUUGGAUCGACUUAAAAAAGCAUUUGGUGAUCAAGGUCUCAACACUAAUGAUCUAGUUGCGCUUUCAGGUGCUCAUACAUUUGGUAGAGCCAGUUGCUCUUUAUUCGUUGAUCGAUUGUACAAUUUCAACAAAACUGGGAAACCCGAUCCAACCCUUGACACUAACUACUUGCAACAAUUGCGCAAAAUAUGCCCCAACGGUGGACCUGGAUCGACCCUCGCCAAUUUUGACCCCACGACUCCGGAUAUAUUAGAUGAGAACUACUUCACCAAUCUUCGCGCUAAAAAGGGGUUGCUUCAAAGUGACCAAGAGUUGUUUUCAACAAGUGGCGCAGACACGAUUAGCAUAGUCAACAAAUUCAGCAGCAACCAAGCUGCUUUCUUUGAGAGCUUUGAGGCUGCCAUGAUUAAAAUGGGCAACAUUGGUGUGCUUACUGGGAACCGAGGAGAAAUCAGAAAACAUUGCAAUUUUGUUAACCAAAAAUCUGCUGAACUUGACUUGGGUUCUGAAGAAUCAUCAGAGGGUAUGGUUAUCGCUAUUUUAUAUAUAUUCAGCAUCUCUACAUAUAUCUAUCUAUCAGAGGAAAAAAUGAGUCCCAUUCAUCUAGCUGUAGUGUUCUGUGUGGUGAUUGGGGCACUAGUACCCUACUCAUCAGAUGCACAGCUAGAUAACUCGUUUUACAAAGACACUUGUCCCAACGUGCAUUCAAUUGUUCGUGAAGUGGUUAGAAAUGUUUCCAAAUCAGAUCCUCGCAUGCUUGGUAGCCUCAUCAGACUCCACUUUCAUGACUGUUUUGUUCAAGGGUGCGAUGCAUCAAUCUUGCUGAACGAUACCUCAACUAUCGUUAGCGAACAAGGAGCUUUCCCAAACAAUAACUCCAUUAGAGGUUUGGAUGUUGUGAACCAGAUCAAGACAGCAGUGGAGAAUGCUUGUCCAAACACAGUUUCUUGCGCUGAUAUUCUUGCUCUUGCGGCUGAAAUUUCUUCAGUUCUGGCUAAUGGUGUUGAUUGGAAAGUUCCAUUGGGAAGAAGGGAUAGUUUAACAGCAAACAGAAGCCUUGCUAACCAAAAUCUUCCUGGUCCCAAUUUCAAUCUAAGCCAACUUAAUGCCUCAUUUGCUGUUCAAAAUCUCAACAUUACUGAUCUAGUUGCACUCUCAGGUGCUCACACAAUUGGCAGAGGACAAUGCCAAUUUUUCGUUAACCGAUUAUACAAUUUUAGCAAUACCGGAAAUCCUGAUCCAACUCUCAACACGACCUACUUGCAAACAUUGCGUUCAAUUUGCCCCAAUGGUGGACCGGGUACCACACUGGCCAAUUUGGACCCGACCACACCUGAUACAUUAGACUCCAAAUACUUCUCCAAUCUUCAGGGUGGAAAGGGCUUGUUCCAGAGUGACCAAGUGUUGUUUUCCACAAGCGGCGCAGCUACCGUCGCCAUUGUCAACAGUUUCAGCAGUAACCAAACUCUUUUCUUUGAGAAUUUCAAGGCCUCAAUGAUAAAAAUGAGCAGGAUUGGAGUGUUGACGGGAUCUCAAGGAGAAAUCAGAAAACAAUGUAACUUUGUUAAUGGAAACUCUGCUGGAUUGGCUUCUGUAACCACUAAAGAAUCAUCAGAAUAUGGCAUGGCUAGCUCAAUGUAAUAAGUAAUUAAUAACAUAAUUAGCCGCAUAUGCUAGUUGGAAAUGCAGAGGUACCUAAUAAAGAGUUCUGUAAGAACAAGCUAAGACUACCAUGGUUGUACUCUGUACACUACGGUCACAUGGUAUUGUGUUUGUAAGAUUUGCUUUCCUAUGUUACGAGAAUAUGUCAUAUGAUAUCAUGUUAAUGAUUAUGGUAAAUGAUACCACGGUCCUUGCUGGGGUGUUUGAUA